AUGGACUACCUGUUGGCUCGUGCCCGCAGCCUCAUGUCACCCAGGAUGGAAAAGGCCCUGAGUGACCUGGCUCUGCAUACAACCAAGCCUAGCAGCCCUGGGGCCCCCAGCCCUGCCCUGCCGGCCACCCCACCUGCGACCCUGAAGGGGGUGUCCCAGGACCUGCUAGAGAGGAUCCGCUGCAAGGAGGUACAGAAGCAGCUGGCACAGAUGACCCGACACCCAGAGCAGGAGCAAUGGCUGCAACGGCUGCAGCAGCUGCCCGAGCUGGCCCGCGUGCUGCGCAGCAUCUUUGUGUCCGAGCGUAAGCCUGCGCUCACCAUGGAGGUGGCCUGCAGCAGGAUGGUGGGCAGCUACCCUGCAGCCAUGAACCCCGGAGAGAUGGAGAAGCACAUAUGGCUCCUCUCUGAGCUGCUACCCGACUGGCUCAGCCUCGACCACAUCCGCACAGACACCUACAUCAAGCUGGACAAGGCUGCUGACCUGGCAGGUGUCAUCAUGAGGCUGGCCCGCCUUGCCCUUGCAGAGGCAGCACUGUGAGCCUUGCGGACACUGGCCUCAGGCUCCUGGCCCAACCGCUGUGUCCAUUUUACUCCCAUUAGGAACACGAUGCACUUUCCUCCCUUCUGCAUUCCCCACCA